UUCAUACUCUUCAUUGUGUUAAUUUAUUGAUCGACAUUGGUAUGCAAUGCAUCAGAACUUUCAUGAAAUAAUAAUGGAGCGAAAAGCCAACAGAAAACCAUGUCAUAAAUCCAUGCCAAGUCUUCGACAUGGCUUUAUAUGCAGAUCCCAAUACUUUUACUAAUUUGCAUAUUAAAAAAUUAUCAUGAUGGAUUUUUUGGAGUAACGACUAACUAGUUAUUUUAAAGAUCAUGGUAAAUAUCAAACCAGUUUUGUCACAGAUUUAUAUUGCAAAUAUAUUACUACUCCUUGUGAAACAUUCUAAUCCGAUUUCGCUGCUUGAUAAACUUCCAAGAAAUUCGGACAUUAUUAUGUUGUCUGAUAGAUUGCAAUUGCACAAUUCAUUAAAGAAAUGUAACUCUGAUGAUACAAAUUUCGACUUUUGUGGUAUCCCGAUCAGCCUUGCUAAAAAAUCUGAAGAUAUUGGAUACAUUUUGAAGAAAGUUCAUUCUCAAAUCAGCAGCAGUUUCAGUUUUCUGGCCUUAAUAUUGGACAACAACAACACCACUUCAGUCUUUCCAACGUUGGAAGAAAUUUCCAGGCUUUAUUCCGACGAAUCAAGGCUAAAGAGACCCUUCAGCGUAUUCCUGCUAACCUAUUCUCCCGAUGAAAAUAAUUUGUUGCAACUUGAAAUAUUGAAAUCGACUGUGAAGAAGCUCCCGUGGCAAAUUUCACUAUUCGUCUGCGAGCUGGACUUGUUACACGACAUUAGGUCAGUUUGGGAGCUGAUCACUUUUACUCCAAUGCCAUUCACAAAACGCAUCCUUUUGACUGACAUUGGGCCAGAUUUUUUCUUAACUAUCCUUAGUCGUAAAAGUACAGAAGAUUUACAUGGCAGUCUCGUGAGAGCACUUGCCAUUGAUUCUCCGGAUGAACGAUACAGUGCUGAAUUCAACAGGAAUAAAAGCAUACCAACUUUUAUCGAAGGUGGCUACACCGUUAGUUUGCUCAACGAUUUGAGGGAUGCUUUAAACUUCUCCGUUUUAGCUGUAAUUGGAAAAGAGUACAUUACCGACCAGACUGUUAAUCAGACCGUUGGGGGAAUUGGGGCUCAAUUGCUGAAUAAUGAAGCAGAUCUAAUCAUUUCAAUGUCGUACGCCUUAGAAUUCCGUGUUAAGUACCUCAGCCCCACAGUCGCAUUUAAUAAAGACAAAGUUAUGGUAUUUUUUCGUCAACCGAGCCUGUUUUUAAAUCGAAACGUAUUCCUCCAUCCUUUUCAAGAUACGGUCUGGAUCUCUCUCCUUGUAACGCUGAGUCUAAUUGCAAUUUCCACUUUGAUGACCAUCAGAAUUCCAAAGCAUUUUAUGCAUAAGAAACAUCCAGAGGAUCAGCCAUAUUUUUGGAUUCUGGGAGCUCUGUGCCAAAAAAGCUGCUCAUGUGAACCGCAUAAAAUUCAUGGGCGAAUCAUUCUCUUGGUCACAUUCUUGAUGGCUUGGAUAGUGUACACGUUCUACUCGGCGUCAAUAAUUUCGCGGCUAAGCGUGUCCUACAAUCCGAUAACAACUUUGUCUGGAUUGAUAAAUGGAGGGUUCAAUUUGCUAGCCGACCCGCUGGUCUCAUACUCGAAAUAUCUUCAGUUUUCGUCCACGCAAGACUGGGAAAUGACAUUUGUGAGCGAAGUGGACUCAGUCUCAAAAGUAUUUAACGGUGGCUACGGCUUUAUAAGUUCAAUUGAUUUGGUAGUCAUUGCUUCUAGAAAUUUACAAUUUUCUGAGCAAAAUAUUUGCGACACUUUGUCAUCCGUAUCUCUAAACAUUGUGAUGCCGCUUCAGUUUUAUACGAGAAAAGGCUAUCCAUUUAAGGAGCUUGUGAAUCGCAAGCUUUUGAAUUUGAUUGGGAAAGGAUUUAAUGACAGAUACCUCGCAGAAUUCUUAUGGCAUACGAAUCCCGUUUGUCCAGAAAUAGUUCAGACCACGUUUGAAAGUCUUGGAUUUACAGAUCUCUACUCUGCUUUCUUUGGAUUAGCGUUUGUUUAUGCAUUGACACUAGCAAUUUUAUCAGUGGAAAAGUCGGUGCAUAAAUUUCAUGAGAGAUCAACGUUCGAAAAAGUAGCAACAAAAUGGUAUAAUCGUAUAUUUAAGAGGGCAACCACUUUGUGUCGUUUAACAGCCAGCAAGGAACAAAUAAAUAUUAAAGCGUGAAAAUAUUCCCAAAAUAAAGUUGCUCGCUGAUAUGUAAAUGAUUGUAAUACGGUUGGUGCGACAGCAUUGCAUAGCAUAAAUGUCUAUUUUGAAAUGAGGUAACAAUGUAACAUUAAUAAGAUCAAGAUUGAUUACACUAUCUUCUCCACCAUCAUCCAGAAUUUGGAAAAUGAUGUAUGUGUGAAACGUAAA